AUGUUUGCAUCGUUCUCCACGCUAUUCGCUACUUCUGCCGCCAUCGCAUGUAUCUUCACGCCUGUUGCUCAUGCCUCCCCGACAAGUGCGGGGCUAUCGGCACGAGAUGACUACGCCCCAUCCCCAAUUCUGCCCAACGCACAAUCCGUUUGGACCAUUGGGGAACAAGGUCUCGUCACCUGGAAUAAAUCUCUUGUCCCGAGCACGGCGACCACCAUUCCCUGGAUUGAUCUAUAUGAGAGCUCGCCCUUCGGCUCGGCGGAAUGGGUGGUCAACCUUGCUCAGAACGCCGACCCCCAGCCUGGCGAGGUCCUCGUGCCUGUCCCUGACGUAGCUCCCGGCUCUUACUUCACAGUUGGGGCCUGGGGCCAGAGUAGCACCCACUUCGAGAUCGUUGCAGCUUAG